AUGGUUGUGAUUUGCAAUGGGGAGGUGGACAUGGCUAUAGGUGGUGACCAGGGAGGUUCCGUACGUAUUCCAGCGUCUUGGUGUGGUAUUGUGGGGCUUAAACCUUCAUGGGGUCUGGUACCGUACACAGGAGCGGCGCAGCUGGAAAUCACUGUUGAUCAUCUUGGGCCAAUGGCAAGAUAUGUUCAAGAUUGUGCACUAUUGCUUGAGGGAAGUAUUGUUAUAGCUGGUUAUGACGAGGGACGUGACCCACGGCAACCUAUGAACUUUGAAGUGCCUAAAGUAACAGAUUUAUAAUUUCUUGAUGGCAAACUUGACGGCUGGAAGAUAGGUUUGGUGACUGAGGGUUUCACAGGUUGUGACAGUGACGUCCAGUCUAUUGUACGAGAAGCGGCACAACAAUUGAGUAAAGCUGGAGCGCAAGUGGAAGAUGUAUCUGUAGCCAUAAACACGCAUGGUAUUGUAAUAUUAUUUUAUGGAUGAGCACAGAAUUUGAACAUGAAGUUGACAAAAGUCUACGACGAGGCUUUGACAAAUUAUGACGUUCUGAUUAUGCCUACAUUGCCGUUUAAAGCGCCUUUGUUACCUGAAAAGGAUUCUAGUACCCUGGGACGUUUAAAGAAUGCUCUAGGAAUGGUAAAGAACACAGCGCCAUUCGACAGUACAGGACACCCCGCAAUCAGUAUAAAUGCGGGGUAUUCGGAAGGUCUUCCUAUUGGAAUGAUGAUUGUUGGAAAACAAUUUGAAGAUGUCAAAGUCCUUCAGACAGCAUUUGCAUUUGAACAGUUGCAAAAGAGAAAAUAAAAAACUGGCAUGUACUGGAAUUUUAACAAGCAAUAUAAAACUGAUUAUUGGUACUGAUGAUAAACGCGGACAGAUGAUAAAGUCGACCACCUUGGAAAUAUUUGAUUGCAAUCGGUUAUUUAUAAAAUUGAACACACCAUCUAAUAGUUUCCAUUUACAACACCAACUGGUGUAAAUAAAAACAAAGUUGGUAAAUAUUCUGUAUAUAUAAAUGACUUACAUUUAUCUGUAUAAAAAUAUUUAUCCGAAAUUGCUGGGGAAGAGGGCGUUUUUUUUUGCGCAUGCUCACUGUCGCCACAUGAAGGCCUGACAUUGGGUAACUUUUCAUUACUUGAUCAGGAAUGACUGUUGCAGUUUUUUUGGGGAAAGUUUCAAUAUAAUACUACAUAGAAAAUUUUGUAAACGACGAAGUGGUCGAAUUUAUCAUCAGUCAACCUACUUACAGUCCCCAUUUUACAAACCCCUUUCAGGGCCUCACUUUGUGUGAGUUUGCUAACUAAAUAUAAAUUUGAAUGAUGCAAAGUUUUCAGCAAAUGUUAAGCUUUAUUUUGGUACCAACCAUUGAUUACAAAUUGCAGAAAUAAAAAAGUUACAGGUAAAAAACCUCAUUUUCUGUUUGGGUUUAUCAUCAGUACCAGUACAGUGAUAUGAUAUCAUUCAUGUUGCACAAACAGGUAUGCAAGAUUCUUAUAGUCAUCACAUGUUUAAAUUUGAAUCGAAAGUACAAAACUGGUUUUCAUCCAACUGUUAGUGUAAAUGUUACAUAAAUUAUGCACUUAGCGUUAGUUAGUUGUACAAUUACAUGUAUAUAACUGCAACACAUUUGAAUGAUUUGAUGGAUGUUCUAAGCUUCCUUUUGCAUGGCACAGCACUCUAAUGACGACUAAUAUACAGUAAAAGAAAUAUUGAAAGUUCAAAA